AUGUCGACAGCCUCGAAGACCUCGGUGUCGACAGCUUCCAAGGCUGCAAGGCCUACGAAGCAGACGGCUCCCUGCACGGUCACGACCGAGACCCAUGUCUUAGCUUUGGCAUUCGCUGUAAAAGAGAUCAAUGACAACUCACAUGUCUUAUGGAACAUCACUCUGGGGUUCCACAUCUACGACAGCUAUUUCAGUGCCAUGUGGACCUAUCACAAAACCAUGCGACUGCUUUCUACAUGGGACAGAUUUCAUCCCAAUUACAAAUGUGACACCCAGAAUAGUCUGAUAGCUAUCAUUGGAGAUUUUAGUUCAGACAGGUCUCUUCACAUUGCAACUAUCCUGGGCAUCUACAAGAUUCCACAGCUCAUGUAUAGCUCUACUUCUGAGAUGAGUGAUAACAGACAAGUCUUCCCUUCCUUCCAUAUGGUCCCAAAUGAAGUCCACCAGUAUAGAGGGUUACUCCAACUACUUCUGUACUUCCACUGGAUAUGGAUUGGUAUACUUACAAUGGAUGAUGAUGAUGACGGAGAAAGGUUCUUGCGGAGAGCACUUCCUACAUUCGUCCAAAAGGGCAUAUGUUUUGAAUUCAUUGAGAUAACCCCCAGAAUUAAUUUUAUGACAGAACAUCCUAAAGUAAUGAAAUUAAUUCAGGAAAUGUAUAAUGUUAUCUUGGAGAGAAAAUCCAACGUAAUGGUGUUUUAUGGCAAAAAUCCAGACAUGCUCACCUGGAGAACAUUUCUGUAUGAACCAGUAACCAUUCAUCCAAAAGGUAAAGUAUGGAUAAUGGCAAGCCAGAUGGAUAUUGUAGCAUUUGGCUUCCAAGACAAAUGGAAUCCCCAAAUAUUUCAUGGAGCGUUAUCCUUCACAGUUCAAUCAAAUGAACUCCCAGAAUUCCAAAACUUUCUUCAGAUCAGAAACCCACACUUGAAUGAAGAAGAUGGCUUCAUUGAGGAUUUCUGGCAGCAAGCAUUCAACUGUCAGCUUCCCAGUUCUGUUGUAGAUGGAAGAGUAAAUAAAAACUGUAGUGGAGAUGAAAAGCUAGAGAGCCUUCCUUGGGCAUUUUUUGAAAUGAGCAUGAACGGACAAAGCUAUGCUAUUUACAACGCUGUAUAUGCUGUGGCACAUGCUUUACAAACAAUGCAUUCAUACAAAUACAAAUCAGUCAUAGCUGGAAACACCCAGAAAUAUGAAAAUAAACUACCAUGGCAGCUGUACCAUUUUCUGAGAAGAGUUUCAUUUAACAACACUGCUGGGGACAUGAUUGCUUUUGACCAAAAUGGAGAAUUUAUAACUGGUUUUGAUAUCAUCAAUUGGGUCUUUUCCCCAAACCAAUCUUUCCACAAAGUGAAAGUUGGAAGAAUGGAUACACUUGCUGCCCCAGAUCAAGCAGUCACCAUUAAUGAGACUGCCAUCACCUGGCAUAGUUGGUUUAACCAGGCGUUGCCCCUAUCUGUGUGUAAUGACCAUUGCCAUCCUGGCUACAGCAAGAAAAGGAUAGAAGGGAGAGCAUUUUGUUGCUAUGAUUGUGCUCAGUGUCCAGAAGGAAAAAUUUCUAACCAGCAAGACAUGGCAGAUUGUAUUGAAUGCUCAGAAGAUCAUUAUCCAAACAAAAGGCGUGACUCAUGCAUUCCCAAGUUCACCACCUUUCUAUCCUAUGAAGAACCUUUAGGCAUUGGUUUCACCAUUUCUGCUCUAGCCUUUUCUCUAAUAACGGUUUUGGUGCUAGUGACUUUUGUGAAGCACCAAGAUACACCCAUAGUCAUAGCCAACAACCGAAGUCUUACCUACACUCUCCUGCUCUCUCUCCUACUCUGCUUCCUUUGCACUUUGCUAUUCAUUGGCCAACCCCAGACGGUGACUUGUCUCCUCCGACAAACUGCUUUUGGAAUCAUCUUCUCAGUGGCCGUCUCUUGUGUGUUGGCCAAAACCAUCAUGGUGGUUUGGGCAUUUGCGGCCACCAAGCCAGGAACCAGAAUGAGAGGAUGGGUUGGAAAAAGUUUGGCCAACUCCAUAGUUAUUUCCUGCUCCAUUUUCCAAGCAGGCAUUUGUAUGAUUUGGCUGGCGACUUCUCCUCCAUUUCCACAUUUCAACAUGCACUAUGAUAGGGAAGAAAUUUUAUUAGAGUGUAACGAAGGGUCAACUUUCACAUUUUACUGUAUUCUUGCCUACCUUGGCUUCCUAGCCCUCCUCAGUUUCUUUGUGGCUUUUCUAGCCAGGAAGCUACCUGACAGUUUCAAUGAAGCCAAAUUCAUCACUUUCAGCAUGCUGGUGUUUUGUAGUGUUUGGCUGUCUUUUGUCCCCUCUUACCUGAGCACCAAGGGGAAAUUUAUGGUGGCUGUGGAGAUCUUCUCCAUAUUAGCCUCCAGUGCUGGGCUGCUGGGCUGUAUCUUCUUCCCCAAAGUCUACAUCAUUGUAGUGAAGCCUGAACUGAAUAGCAGAGAACAGCUGAGGAAGGUCUUCAAAGGGAAAGGGUGAAAAGAACUAAAAUGCUGCAGGGGAGCUUUUAAUGCUGGUGACACAAUUUUUAUGCAUACAUGACACAGUAAUUCAGCUUUGCUCACAAACCAGGGGUUAAAGCAACCCCUUAUAAGAGAUACGGACACAUACAUAAAUUGUAAUAAUGAAAUAUAUGGG